AGUUGUACCUCCCAAAGGGGAAGGCAAGGCGAGUCACUCACAUGCGUGUAUAUCAUUGUUCACAAGCGUUCCAGUUCCUUUGGAGAAGGUAAGUCCACUGCUUCAUCAGGUCCUGCAAGGUUCACUUGAAGGUCUCAAGAAGGAGAACCUGGGACCAUGAAGGCCUACCUUGUCGUCCUUGGUCUACUGCUUUUGCUUAAAAAUGAAGUUUUCCCGCUGACGUGCUUCGUAUGCGACAACCAGCGCACCAACCUGUGGUGUCUCCGUUUCAGGGAGUGUGGCAAGGAAGAAGUGUUCUGCGUGACUGCUGUGGCCUCGUAUAAAAUUGGCGUGAUAACCUUCAAAAAGAGAAUCACCAAGAGAUGCUCAGCCUAUUGCCCAGAUAUUCAGAUGGAGUUGGGCUUUGCUUCGUUUGGGACCUCCUGUUGCCAACAAUCCUGGUGUAAUAUUUGGGGAUCUCUAGGGGAGAAGAAUGCCACUCAGUGAUGGGAAUCGCCAAUCAUUGUCCUGACCAGAUCUUCUGAUGACAGAACUUGAGGAAGAGUAAGAUGUUACCAAAGAAAGGAAAGAAGCUUCUUGGCUUUCAUCUCUUGGCAUAGGUCCCAGGAGAGGGAUGCAGGAUGAAGAGAUGGAACUAAAUCUUCUCCAUUUAUCUAGAAUGUCUCUAGAACAAGUCCCAUCUCCUCAUUCUGCAAUUUGUGUUUUUAUAAACAGGCAAAUGUUGUGAGAUUUACUGAGUAGCAAAAUCCUUUCACUUGCCACUCCUGUUUUCCAUCUCUGGUACUUUGUGAUGUGUCCAACAUAGUCCACCAUAGCUUUCCCACACAGAGAAGAUCUGAAAUUUAGGACCUCACAUCAAAGACAGUCUACCAUAACUUUCCCAGCUCAAAGAAGUUCUAACAUUUGGGGUCUCACAUCAGAAAUGAGUUGAAGUCCACAAGUCAUAAAAGAGCCAAGGUUACCUAACCCUGACCUAAGUCCUCCUGUUCUAAGCGGUGAGCCUCCUACAUCAGGGGUAGGCAACCUG